AUGAAGUUUUCCAGCGUGUCCAUCCCGCUCUUCCUCGCAGGCAGCGCCGCCGCCGCUUCCGGGACAGCCGCGUCGACGGGCGGGAGCUCCACCUCGGCGUCGGCAGCCUCGGCGUCGUCGACCGACCUCCCCUCGCUCGUCAGCCAGCUGCCCAGGUGCGCCCUGCCGUGCCUCGAGUCCGCCGCCCAGAGCGUCAACUGCCAGGCCAGCGACUUCACCUGCCUGUGCGCCGCGCAGUCCAAGCUGCUCGCCGCCCUCGGCCCCUGCAUCAUCACGUCGUCCUGCAAGCCCGCCGAGAUCAACACCGCCAAGGAUGUCGCGCCCCAGAUCUGCAACGCCAUCAAAGGCGCGCAGCCGUCGCAGGUGUCGGCCGCGGCUUCCGUCGUGACAUCGGCCAUGGGCUCCAAGUCCACGAAUGCCGCCGCGCCGGCUAGGACGGCGUUUCCUGUCGCUGCGGCCGUGACAACCCUUGCUAUGUCAACCCAGAUGGAGGUUCUAGCGAAGCAAAUCGCCGACUCUGUCGAAUCCCUGAAGCGUGACAACAAGUCUCCUGAGGAAGAAGCACAACACCGAGCAGUAAUAGCCAAGAGUGCGCAUGCUUUGGCUCACCUAACGAAAACGCCCAUUGAGCACCUGAUGGACCGCUUCGUCAUCUACACCGAAGAUGCUGCCCUGGCACUAUUCAUUCAGUGGAAAGCCUUUGAUGUCAUCCCGGAGGAAGGGACCAUUUCAUAUCAAGAACUCGCCAGCAAGCUUGAUGCCGAUGUAUCACUGAUCAGUAUGGAGCUUCUGUCUUCUCCCCAUGACACGGUCGAGGGCAUUUUGAUCCCCAUGUUCUCAUUCCCCUCGUACUUUGAAAAGCACGGCAGGAAAGAACCCGCCUCGCGCCGCCACACGCCCAAGGCCUUUGCCGACGGCCAGGACGGCCUGACGGUCUGGGAGAUCGUCAACCAGGACCCCGCGAAGAAGGCGCGCAUGAUGGCCGCCAUGGCGCUCUUCGAGAGCUCCGUGCCCGUCGUCGCGGGCUACAGCUUCGACUGGGUCGUCGCCGCCGCCGCCGAGUCACCGCGCCGGGCCUUGGUCGUCGACGUCGGCGGCGGCCGGGGCCACUCGCUCGUGGCCAUCUGCGAGCGGACGCCCGGGCUCGACAUCAGGCGCUGCGUGCUCGAGGACCUCGAGCCCGUGCUCGACGCGGUGCGGGAGGCUGCCGACGGGCCGAUCCGUGACGCGCAGCUCGUGGCCCUCGACUUCCACCGGGAGCAGCCCAUCAAGGGAGCUUGCGCCUACUACAUGAGCCGCUGUCUUCACGACUAUGGCGACGAUGAGUGCGUGGGCAUGCUGGCUCGGCUCGCGGACGCCAUGGCGGCGGACAGCAGGGUCCUCAUCAAGGAGCAGCUCUUGGACGACCCGCCAGCUCCGCAGUCGGCAGCUUCCGACAUCAACAUGCUGGCGAUAGGGGGCAAGGAGAGGAACCUAGCCGGGUUCGAGAGCAUCACCUCGAGGGCCGGGCUCAAGAUCAAAGAGGUUGUCAGGGAGGGCACCUUUGCCAUCUUGGAAUGCGUCAAAGCUUGA